UUUCUUCUGUAAUCAGUCGUUUUGAAAACAAGGCGCAAAAUGGACGUGGAAUUAAGUGCUCAUGAUAAAGCAAUAUUGAAUUGCGUCUUCAACCCAAGUCUUCCUUUAGAUGAAGUUGCUCAACUUCCACAAGAAGAACUCAAAGAUAAUGAAGUACUUGAUAAUCAUGAGGAGGAUACAAAGCAAAUGGAACUUGAAGCAAUACGUCUUGCUGAAACUGGAGACUUGGCAAGAGGGUUAGAAAUUAUAAAUAAAGCAAUUGAAAUCGCUCCUGCUAGACCUUCUUUAUAUAACAACAGGGCGCAUAUUUAUCAGUUUUUGAGAAAGUUUGAUGCUGCUCUUGAAGAUGUUCAAAAGGCAAUAAGUUUAUGUUCUGAUGACCAUAAGAAAACAUUGUGUUUAGCACACUGCCAGAGAGGAGUUCUCUACAGGAGAUCAGGCAAGUUAGACGAGGCAAAAGCAGAUUUUGAAGUCACGGCGAGGAUGGGAAAUCAAUUUGGAAAAAGUCAGUUGGUGGAGUUGAACCCAUACGCAGCUCUCUGCAACCAAAUGCUGAAGCAAGUAAUGGACACGUUGAAAUGAAAUAUGUACAAUAUAUUUAUAUCUCAUCCAGUAUAAUGUAUUAAAAUAAUACAGAUUAUAAAUGCAAGACCAUAAGUAGCGGGCUUGUAAUAAACCUAGC